AUGGUCUGCGUGGGUGAUUGGGGUAGACCAAGGCUGAUACCAGCAGACAACUGUGAUAGCUAUUUAGGGCAAUUGGGAUUACUGGAAUUGGUAGUAAUCUUCCUGUGCGCUGCGGGCAUCGCUUCCGCUGGCAAUCUGCUCCACGCUUCUCCUCUCGCCUAUUCCGCACCAGUUUCAUCUGUGUCUUACUCUUCACAAACGACUUCCCAUGGAGCACCAGCGGUAUACUCAAGCCCAAUCGUCGCAAAGUCAUACGCCACCCCUGCUGUAGCAACCUACGCCGCACCAGCUUACACAGCUUACCAAGGUGCACCCGCGUACUCAACAUACGCCGCUGCCCCGGCCUACUCCACUUACCAUACUGCCCCUGUAGCCACAUACACUAAGGCCCUGUCUCCAGCUGUUUCUUACUCGUCCGUAUCUCACUCUAAGACCGUGUCCAGCCCAGCUGUAGCUUAUGCCGCCGCCGCCCCUGCUGUCUAUGCCUCACCAGCUGUUGCCACAUACCAUGCCACCCCCGUUGUAACUAAGACUAUCGCUACUCCCGUGGCUUACCACGCUUCCCCCGUGGCCUACCACUCUGCUCCAGUCGUCAAAUCAGCCAUCACUUACUCAGCCGCCCCUGCUGUGUCUCACGUGUCCUACGCUGGUUUGGGAGCCACUUAUGGCUGGUGA